AUGCUACAUAUGGCGACUAUUCAGAACAGUUCUAGUUAUUCUAUCACAUCGUCCUCAAUGACAGCUGUGAAUACCCCUUUCCUUGUAUUCUUAUACCGUUAUGGAUUGGGUCUAAUAAUUCUUUUGGGUUUCUUUGGCAAUCUCGCUAGCACCAUGCCAUUUUCACUAGCAGCAGUACGUGCUACCUCAACUGGUUGUUUGUUCUUAGUUUUGGCAGUAUUAGAUACUGUGUUUCUGUUGGCAUCGACUUUCGACUUUGUGGAAGUUGGAUUGGUUCAAGGACCCAUAUUCCUCAAUGCUUAUGAUGUUGUAUGUCGACUUCGUUCGUUUCUCAAAGGCUUUGCUUCAUUCUGUGCAGCAUGGAUCUUGUUGAUCAUCGCCAUAGACCGUUGGAUACGAGUACGGUACUCACUUAUGGCGAAUAAAUGGUGCACCCAUCGAAAUAUAGCUCUAGCCAUUUUGUCUUCUGUGACCAUCGCUACUGCACUGCAUAGUCAUAUGCUAAGUCCUCAAUUGUUUGGUAGAUUCAUGCCUGGUGUUGCAACAUCUGCAUGCGGAUCCUGGCCAUUUAUUCAAGUAAUCUUUGGCUGUCUAAUACCUCUUUCUAUUAUGCUUUUGGGUAGUUUCGAUAUUUAUCAAAACCUGCAGAAGAAUAAAUCUCGUAUCCAGCCGAAGUUUGCACGUCAAGAACGUUUGAACCGACAAAUGUUAAUCAUGAUGGCAGUAAAUGUUCUAACCUUCUUUGCUACCACACCACCAGUCAAUGUUCGUCGAAUUAUUAGUGCAUAUCAAAUGUCGUUUGCAAGUGAAAGUAAUCUUCAGAGGAUUGUGAAUGAAACGGGUGGUCUUACGGUGUUAUUAACAAUGAAUCAUGCAAGUACUUCUUCGACUUCCUCAACACCUAGCGAACAACAACGUGAUCGAAAUCCAGAUUACUCAAGAAUUUGGACAACUACUGGCAGUAUGAAUCAUGCGCGAUAUUCUCACACAGCAUCUCUUUUGACCAAUGGAAAAGUCUUAGUAGCCGGUGGUCUUAAUUCCAAUGGAGCUUUGGACAGUGCUGAACUAUAUGAUCCUUCAACGGAAAUUUGGACGACGACGGCAAAUAUGAAUUACACACGAUGGUAUGCUACAGCAUCAGUAUUAGCAAACGGAAAUGUAAUGAUAACUGGAGGAGCCAAUGAUCACGUAUUAAACACUGUGGAACUAUAUGAUCCUUCAGUGCAGACUUGGACGACUGUUCACAACAUGAACGGUGCACGACAUUUGCACACAGCGUCCGUGCUAAAAAACGAUAUGGUGAUAGUGAUUGGUGGACGAAAUUCUGAUAUAACUUUGAAUACUGCUGAGUUUUAUUCAUUAGUUUAA